AUGUUCAAAUUAUUAUUUAAUCGAAACGUUGCUGAUACUGUACUUAACAUUAUAAAGGAAGACAAAAUUGAAACAAAAGACCCCGUUCAUCUGGAAAUUGCCCGCGAUCAAGCUCGCAAAGACCUGGCUCUUGCCCGCGAAGAGCUCGCAACCAUCAAAGCUGAGUACAACGACGUCGUCCCCAGAAAACUCUGGGAAACAGCGGAGAACAACUUGAAAGAUGCAAAUCAAGAACUCGAGGCUUUGAAAAAGGAUCUUUCUGAAUUGAGUGGCAACUUUUCUGUCCUGAAGUCGACGUAUGACAGUGUCGAAAAGGAAAGAAACGAAGUUGUUAUUGAACGCAAUGAAUUGAAAAGAACUGGUACUCCAAGACCCGACUGGGAAGCAAUUUAUGAAAAAACCUUCGACGAAAAAUUUGGCGAUCCCGAACUUUCAUCCGAUGCCCGAACAAAACAUCUGCUGGAUGAACUAACAAAAAGCCGGGAUAAUACGGAAAAGGAUUAUUUCACUUUGCCAGAGGAUCAAAGCGAUUUGCCUGCGUUUUUGGCAAGUGAGGAGCGAAAAGAAGUCAAAAAUCUUAAGGAGCGAUUUUAUACCAAUCUAGAUCUAACUAUCGAAGAUUGCAAUGAAAUCAAGGAGGAAAUUUGGAAAGAACGACUUGCAGAAAAUGACGACGAAGUUGACAAAAUCGACAUCUUUGUCAAGAAUUUUUUGUCGAAGAAAUUCAACUUCUAUGCUCUCGAUUUCGGCCAUUCGCUUCGAGCAGCAGCAGAAAAAUACGCAGACUUACCUCAUAUCACCGAUUUCUACGAGAUUCUAGCGGGGUUAAAGCCGGAGCAAGGGUUCAAAAGAAUUGUGGAGCAAUCAUCCAAUCUUCUUUCCGCACUUCAAAACGUCGACAAACACAAGAAAGGAUAUGUUCUUGUCUUCGACUUGAAAGUAGAGCUUCGAAAGCUUUUCAAAUUGAAGCCCGACGAGCACAUGGAGAUAAUUGCUCAAUUUGCGGAGGAAGAUAAGUUCUACUAUGGAGAGCUCUUUGAAAAUGGUCCAAACGGUGAGCCAUCAAAAAUGAUGUCCCUUCUUGCAGAACAAGACGAAAAGGAGAAAGAUAUCUACGUCGAGCAGCUUUCCGUCCAAUUAGAAGGAAUAGACUCUGUUGGCCCUGCUGAAGCAAAGAUUGCUUUUAUGUCCGUCGAUCCUGGAAUCAAUGCCGAACUCAUCAAUAAAUACAUCAAGGUCAACAACAGUUGUCAAUCGCUUCAGUGUUGA